AUGAGAACUUCACGUAUCUCGCGGGACACGGCAAACGUCGUUGGCUCCCUUUCGCGGCAAACACGACAGACUCGCAAUUCCUCUGCGUCGGGCUUUUCAAGUUUUACAUACACCCAGCCCAUCGAAGUGUCCCAGUCUAUCAGCGUUAAUUAUUCCUCAAACGUUGUUUUCAGUCAAGACGAUCGCAGCUCCUCUCUGUCAUCUGUCCACGCAGAAGAUAUUGAAGACUUGCUCGAACCUCCUGCCAAGAGACGCAGGCGCAGCCAAGUACCUGCCACCAGACGAGCAAGGAAUGAAACAGCCACUCCUAUUAAAGCAGAAGUCCCAGCUAUAAAGCUUGAAAGGAGUAGCAAUACCAGACAGCGGCGACAGCCAGCCCGGAAAAUCAAGCAAGAAGAUGGUUCCGUGCAAGUACAGCCGCCAUCGAACUGGGAGACCAUGUACGAAUUAGUCAAGAAAAUGAGAGCAGCAAACCCUACUGCUCCAGUGGAUACUAUGGGAUGUGCAGAGCUUCAUUGGAAAUCGUCGCCUCCUAAAGAUCAGAGAUUUCAGACUUUGAUUGCGCUCAUGUUAUCGUCUCAGACAAAAGAUACCGUGACUGCAGUCGCGAUGCACCGAUUACAUACCGAGCUUGGGGAGCGAGGAGAGGAGAUAAAUCCGUCUAUCAAAAAAGAGGAAUCGUUCAUCAAAAAAGAGGAAGAAGAAGAAGGAGAUGAAGUGUUUACGGCGAAGAAGAAAUGCAGUACCUUGACUUUGGAGAAUAUUCUUGCAGUUUCAUCCGAGCGAUUGAACGAGCUAAUUUGCAAAGUCGGUUUUCACAACAACAAAACAAAGUAUAUCAAACAGGCGGCAGUAAUUCUCCGAGAUCAAUAUGAUUCUGACAUCCCCUCGACUGCCGAGGACUUGAUGAAGCUACCUGGAGUAGGGCCCAAAAUGGCAUAUCUAUGCAUGAGUGCUGCAUGGGGCAAACACGACGGCAUCGGAGUCGACGUGCAUGUCCAUCGCAUUACGAAUAUGUGGGGUUGGCAUAGUACCAAGAACCCCGAGGAGACUCGCAUUGCCCUGCAGUCAUGGCUUCCCAAGGAUAAGUGGCAUGAAAUAAAUAAGCUUUUGGUGGGUCUAGGGCAGACCGCUUGUUUGCCGGUUGCGAGACGCUGUGGUGAAUGCGAUCUUGCCGGGACAGGGCUAUGCAAAAGCGAGAUCAAGGGCUCGCUUGUCCAGAUGAAGAAGGAAAAGAAGGAAGAAGAAGCUAGGGUGAAAAUUGAGGCACCAUGA